AUGGCUGACGGGUUGCUGGCGGCUGGCGGGCUGGGGUCGCAGGCGAUGGUUCCCCAGCCGGAGCGCACGGGCUGGGCGGUCGAGGAGUCGACAGCGCCUCUAGAGAAAGCUCUGUUCCAAGAUGAAGAUUCAUGCAGUGAUUGUAGCAAUCAUGAUAAGCGGGGUACUAGUUUACAAAGUUUUGUGCCUGAAGGAAAGACUCAUUUCCCAGAAAUAUUCCAGACAAGUCAACUUUUGUUCUAUGAGCGAUUCAGAGCUUAUCAAGAUUACAUUUUAGCUGACUGCAAGGCCUCUGAAGUAAGAGAAUUCACAGCUGAGUUCUUGGAGAAGGUCCUUGAACCAUCUGGAUGGCGGGCAGUCUGGCACACUAAUGUGUUUGAGGUGCUGGUUGAGGUCACAGAUGUGGACUUUGCAGCCUUGAAGGCAGUAGUGAGGCUUGCCAACCCGUACCUCUGUGAAUCUCAAGUGAGCACUUUUACCUUGGAUUGUAUGAAUGAGCUCCUCGAUCUGAAGGAACAUCGGUUGCCCCUGCAAGAGCUGUGGGUGGUGUUUGAUGAUUCUGGAGUAUUUGACCAGACAGCUCUUGCAGUUGAACAUGUCAGAUUUUUCUAUCAAAACAUUUGGAGGAGCUGGGAUGAAGAAGAGGAGGAUGAGUAUGAUUAUUUUGUCAGAUGUGUUGAACCUCGAUUGAGAUUGCAUUAUGACAUCCUUGAAGAUCGAGUUCCUUCAGGACUUAUUGUUGAUUACCGCAAUCUGUUGUCCCAAUGUGAGGACAGUUAUAGGAAAUUUUUAAAUCUGAGAAGCAGUUUGUCAAAUUGUAACUCCGAUUCCGAGCAGGAAAACAUCUCCAUGGUUGAAGGGUUAAAAUUAUAUUCAGAGAUGGAACAGUUGAAACAAAAGCUAAAACUCAUUGAGAAUCCAUUGUUGAGAUACGUGUUUGGUUAUCAGAAGAAUUCGAAUAUCCAAGCAAAGGGCAUUCGUCCAAAUGGUCAGAAGGUCACGCAUGUGGUCUCCUCCACCAUGAUGACUGGUCUGCUGCGGUCUCUGCUCAGGGACAGGCUUUGUCAGGAGCCUUGUAAGGAAGAAACAGAAAUUCAGUUCCAUAGUGAUCCAUUGUCUGCUAUAAAUGCCUGCUAUGAAGGUGACACUGUGAUUGUUUGUCCUGGCCAUUACAUGGUACAUGGCACAUUCGCCAUUGCUGACUCCAUUGAGUUGGAAGGAUAUGGUCUACCAGAUGAUAUUGUGAUAGAAAAGAGGGGCAAAGGAGACACUUUUGUGGAUUGUACAGGUGCAGAUAUUAAGAUCUCAAGCAUAAAAUUUAUUCAGCAUGAUGCUGUAGAAGGAAUCUUGAUCAUUCAUCGUGGUAAGACCACAUUGGAAAACUGUGUGCUGCAGUGUGAAACUACAGGAGUCACGGUGCGAACAUCAGCAGAAUUUUUAAUGAAGAACUCAGAUUUAUAUGGUGCCAAGGGUGCUGGUAUAGAAAUAUAUCCCGGGAGUAAGUGCACCUUGAGUGACAAUGGGAUCCAUCACUGCAAGGAAGGGAUACUCAUUAAGGACUUCUUAGAUGAGCAUUAUGACAUUCCCAAAAUAUCCAUGGUGAAUAAUGUCAUACAUAAUAAUGAAGGUUAUGGUGUUGUCUUGGUGAAACCUACAAUCUUCUCUGACCUGCAAGAAAAUGUCCAAGAUGAAACUGAAGAAAAUAGAGCACUUAAAAUUCCGACAAGUGAGGAGGCAGACACAGCGGAAAGGGUGGAUCUAGAAGAGCUGAUUCAAUGUACAACUGGCAAAAUGGAGCUUUAUGCAAGAUCUAAUCUUUCUGAGCAAGUGGAAGGCAACUGUGAAAUUGUAAAUGAACUAGUUGCUGCCUCCACACAGAAGGGUCAGAUGAAGAAGAAAAGGUUGAGUGAACUGGGGAUCACGCAAGCUGAUGACAACUUAAUGUCACAGGAGAUGUUUGUUUCAAUUGUGGGGAACCAGUUCAAAUGGAAUGGGAAAGGGAGUUUUGGCACAUUUCUUUUCUGA